AGCUUGGCGAGCAGUGGCUCAAGGCAGCAGAGAAACCAGCGAAUAGUUAGUUGCAGCAUAGAGCCAUAACCAGCGGAUAGUUGGUUGCAGCAUAGAGCCAUGUACGUUUGCGUGGAAAACACCUUCAUCACCAUAAAGUGGCGCAGUUCAGCAAGGAGAUCAGCCAGCCUUCCUGCUCUUCAUGAGCCGGGCUCGGAGGCUCUCACAGAUCUGGCCCAAGUUGAGUCGCUGGAGAAGCGUGCUUCUCUAUCACACCCCGAGGCGCGCAAGACCAACGGAUGCGCCGAGCAGGAGGCCCCCUCUCGCGUCCCUUCCUUCCCUCCCCCCGUUCCUCCCUCACCCAAGGCUGGCAGGAACGAGAGGCAGGAUGUGGCCUCACCCCUUCACGGUCCCAGCGUGAACCUGGACAAGCAGCAGCGUCAAGCCUUACGCAGCCUCAGUGAGCGAGAGCGCUUGAGCCUUGUUGUUGCCCAUCUCAGGGCUUGGGCGGAGAAGGUGCCGCGAGCUGGUCCAGUUGUUGAUCUCAUGGAGCAGCACUUGGCAUGCCUGGAGGUUCCUAAGUCCUCCAGCAGCAGCAGACUGCUUAAGAGUCUGAGCCGAGCCAUGCGUAAAAUGAGCUUCAACCGCCUCAUGCAGAUGUGCCCUUGUAGCAAACUAGAACCUAUUCAGUCAGCCAGUCUGCAGCUGCGAGCCAGCUACGGCGAAGCAACUGACUGAUUCGGAUCCAGCAUGCAGAACAAGCAUUGAUCAUUUAAGGAGGUAUGCUUAGUGUGCUUUGUAGCACUGUCAAGUACUGACUGAUCCGGAUCCAGGAUUGAUUGACUGCGGAAUUAGCAUUGGCGGCUGGCAGAGCCCUGCUUGAUCUUGCUUUGUAGCUUUGCAGCUACCACUCCCUCUCGAGAAGAAUUCAAAGGCUGAUGCUGGAACUCGUACCGAUUUUACUGCACGCGGCAGUCAACGUCGAGCAUCCAGCAAUGCCUCGUUUGUAGUUGUUGUUUAUGGCAGCUUCGGCAAUCAACGAUGUCCUCCCAAGCCACAUGCCAAGAAGCAUUCU